AUGUCGUCCUCUUCGAACGCAGAGUCUAUCGCGGUUGCAGCUCGCAGAGCAUUUGAAGCGUCCCAGCUCGUUGAUCCCUCAGAGCGCAAUGUCGCGCUCUACGCUAUCCGUGAAGUGCUCGAGGUGCACAAGGAUGAGGUCGUCGCUGCCAACAAGAAGGACAUGGAGGAUACUGGCAAGCUUUCCGCCUCCCUCGUCUCUCGACUCGACCUUUCUCGACCUGGAAAAUUCGAAGCCAUGCUUCAAGGUAUCUCCGACGUAGGGUCCCUCCCCGUCCCCACUGGCAUUGUCAACUUUGCCAAGGAGCUUGGGCCAGAGCUUGAGCUUCAUCGGGUGACAUGCCCUGUGGGCGUGCUGUUGGUAAUCUUUGAGGCCAGGCCGGAAGUCGUGGUCAACAUCGCUGCGCUGGCUAUCAAGAGUGGUAACGCGGCAAUCCUCAAAGGAGGCAAAGAAUCCAUCCACACCGCCACCCUCCUCUCCUCCCUCAUCUCUCAAGCCCUCUCCAAAACAUCCAUCCCAGCCACAUUCGUCCAAUCCGUAUCUACCCGUUCCGAAAUAUCCUCUCUCCUGGCUCAAGACCGGUAUAUUGACCUGGUGAUGCCGAGGGGCGGCAACGAGCUGGUGAAAAGUAUUCAAAACAAUACGCGGAUCCCGGUGAUGGGGCAUGCGGAUGGGAUUUGCGCAGUGUAUUUGGAUGAGAGUGCUGUGGAGGAGAAGGCUGUUCGGAUCGUCGUCGAGUCGAAGAUUGACUACCCCGCCGCCUGCAAUGCCGCUGAAACACUGCUCGUCCACUCCUCCCUCCUGAACACCAUCUGGCCCAAAGUCGCCUCCGCCCUCUUCUCCAAUGAUGUCCGUCUCCGAUGCGAUGCCGCCUCCCUCGGCGCCUUGCACGAGAACGCCAUCACCCAAGCCGCUCAAUUCGCUACCGCCUCCUCCCCAGAGGACUACCGCGAAGAGUUCCUCGGGCCCACAUUGGCGGUCAAGGUCGUGGAGAACGUUCAAGAAGCGAUCCAGCAUGUCAACUCGCACUCUUCGCACCACACCGAUUCCAUCAUCACCGAGGACGAGCAAGCCAUGUCUGCCUGGUGCCGAGGCCUUGAUAGUGCAAAUUGCUAUGUCAAUGCUUCCACCCGAUUCGCCGAUGGGACACGAUAUGGGCUCGGGACGGAGGUGGGUAUCUCUACAGGCAAGACGCAUGCGAGAGGACCCGUGGGACUGGAUGGGCUGGUCAUUUACAAGUACAUGAUGAGGAGUAGGAAGAAGGAUGGAAGUGUUGUUGGGGAUCAUGAGAAGGGGGGCGCGGGGUACACACACAGGGAUUUGGAGAAGGGCGAUGCUCCGUUCUAG